CUGUACCAUCUCUUUGUUAUUACCACUCCACGUUCACCUGCUCUCUUCCCGCUGUAUCAGUCUCUUUGGUUUCCAUCCCUCCUAAUCCUCACUGAGCUGGAGUAGCUUUAGCUGGAAGGAGGAAGAGAGACACUGUCGAAUUGUCUAUUCGAGGGGAUCCCGGAGAAGACAUAAGCGGUCGUCCUAAACGCUUGCUUUGGAACGGUAGCUCCGCAGCAUUCCGGCACCUGGGUUUUAAAAGCGCUGGAAAGUGAAAACGAGCGUUGUUAGAGCAGGAAGGAACGGCCGGGGCUCAGCCUGUGCCCUGUUAGCACGAGCAAAGACCUGCCGCCGUCGGGGCUGGAGCUGCGCUCGGAGCGGCCCCGGGGGCGGUGCUGCCCGGCGGGGGGCGGGCUGCGGAGCGGGGCUCCGGACGGGCCGAGGAAGUGACCGCGGGACACACGGCGCCGUGCGCUGCAACAGCCCCGGACCAUGACGGCCUCCGGAACCCAUGGGGGAUAUGAUGUGCUGAUUCUGUAUGCAGGUGACGCUGCUGAGUGGUGUCAGUACCUCCAGAACCUCUUCCUCUCUACUCGGCACAUCCGAAAGCAUCAGAUUCAGAGCUACCAGCUGGAAGGCAACUCUGCCAUCUCUAACCAGGAGCUGGACCUUUUCAGCAGAAGUCGGAGCAUCGUUAUUUUACUAUCUGCUGAGUUGGUGCAGAGCUUUUAUUUCCCUCCUGUCCUACAAAGCCUUCAGGAAGCAUUAUGGCCCCCACACAAAGUAGUCAAGCUGUUCUGCGGUGUUACGGAUUCUGAAGACUAUUUGACCUUUUUCAAGGACUGGUAUCAGUGGCAAGAACUCACCUAUGAUGAUGAGCCCGAUGCUUACUUAGAAGCUGUCAAGAAGGCUAUUUCAGAAGACUCAGGCUGCGACUCAGUAACUGAUACAGAAACAGAAGACGAGAAGAAUUCAGUUUACUCCUGCCAUCUUGCCAUGAAUGAAGAGCAUGAAUCAUCGAGGAGAACUGGGGAGCAUCUGGUGGUGCAGCCUGAUCACAUACGCUGCGGGGUACAGACCACAGUUUAUAUUAUCAUGAAAUGUAGACUAGAUGACAAAGUGAAAACUGAAGUUGAAUUCUCUCCAGAGAACUCGUCAUCUGUGCGUGUGCCGGCUGAGUUGGAGAAUGAAUACACAAUAUCUGUGGAGGCUCCAAAUUUAACUUCUGGGACAGUGCCUCUGCAGAUAUAUUCAGGGGACUUGAUGGUGGGAGAAACGAGUGUCACCUAUCAUACUGACAUGGAGGAAAUCAGCAGUCUGUUGGCUAAUGCAGCCAACCCAGUACAGUUCAUGUGCCAGGCCUUUAAAAUUGUGCCAUACAGCAUAGAAGCUCUGGACAAACUGUUGACUGAGUCACUGAAGAAGAACAUUCCUGCCAGUGGCUUACACUUGUUUGGAAUCAACCAGCUGGAAGAGGAUGACAUGACAACAAAUCAGAGGGAUGAAGAGUUGCCAACGCUGCUUCACUUUUCUGCAAGAUAUGGACUGAAAAACCUUACUGCUUUGCUGCUGACAUGCCCUGGAGCACUGCAGGCCUACAGUGUAGCCAACAAAUAUGGUCACUAUCCAAACACGAUAGCAGAAAAGCAUGGCUUUAAGGACCUCCGACAAUUCAUUGAUGAAUACGUGGAAACUGCAGAUAUGCUGAAGAGCCACAUUAAGGAAGAGCUGAUGCAAGGCGAAGAGGAUGAGUCUGUUUAUGAGUCCAUGGCUCAUCUUUCUACUGAUCUGUUAAUGAAAUGUUCCUUAAAUCCAGGUUCUGAUGAAGAGCUUUAUGAAUCUAUGGCUGGAUUUGUCCCUGGUGCCCCAGAAGACCUUUAUGUAGAAAUGCUUCAGUCCAAGCCAGACACUCCAAUUUCUGGAGAUGAAGUCUCUCUAACUGUGAAAGACUCGAUGCUCCGCAAGUUUUUAGAAGGUGGUAGCAUGGAUGCACCAGAUUCUAGGGAAGGAGUUUCCCAGCAGUAUGGUGAAGACCUCUAUUACUCAGUGGAAAAAGAUACUUUUCCCCCAGAAAUGGCUAGCAGACCUCCAGUUCCUGUUCCAAGACCAGAAUCCAGCUCUCCACAGCCAGACAAUGAGUUGUACAUCUCCAAAGUUUUUGCACAGAAAGCUCAAAGACCUGAGAAUCUCUAUGUCCCUAGAGGAAAGGUGAGAAAAGAAACGAUAGUCAGGCCUGUUAGAGACCUGUCUCAAUCAAGUAUAUAUGAUCCGUUUGCUGGAAUGAAAACCCCGGGUCAACGGCAGCUGAUCACGUUACAAGAACAAGUGAAAAUGGGCAUACUGAACGUUGAUGAAGCUGUACUUCACUUUAAGGAAUGGCAACUGAACCAGAAGAAGAGAUCAGAAUCAUUCCGUUUUCAGCAGGAAAAUCUGAAAAGGCUACGAGACAGCAUAACCAGGAGGCAAAUGGAGAAGCAAAAAUCAGGGAAAAGUGCAGAUCUGGAAAUUACUGUACCCAUUCGACGUUCGCAUAAUACUCUGGGUAAACCAGAAUGUGGCAUAUAUGAGUAUGCCCCAAGGAAAAAUGUAUUCCCACCAAAAAAGGAGCUCAAGCGAGGAGACUGGAAGACAGAAAGCACAUCCAGCACAACAAGUAGUGCAAGCAACCGCUCUAGCACUCGGAGCAUAUUGAGUGUCAGCAGUGGGAUGGAAGGGGACAGCGAGGACAAUGAAGUCUCAGAAGCAAGCAGAAGCCGCAGCCCUAUCGCCAGCCAAGCAGAGAGGCCGUCUCUCCCCCUGCCUGAAGGGCCUCCCAGAGUGCCCCCUCGAGGUGCAAGCAGGCCUGUAAACUGUGAAGGCUUUUAUCCUCCACCCGUGCCCCCAAGAGGUCGCUGAAUCUCUCAACAUCUGUGGAAUAUGAGAUUUUUCUAUAUAUAUGUGUGUGUUUGUACAGAUAUUUUUGGGUUGUCUUAAAUUAUUUAUAAGUGGGAGCCAAACAUUUUUGUAUCUUUCCUUCUCCCUAAAGCUCUGGUAGCUUUACCUGUGGUUUCACUGAGAUUAUUUUUUGGUCUGCUGUAGCUUUUUUGUUUGGAAGGAUUUUGGUGCUUUGAGACUUCGAGGGCAAAAUCAUGGUUGAAAAGGAGAAUGCUGAUAUGUCAUGGCAGCCCUGCACCAAAAUGGAGUUUCCGUUUGAUGAAGAAAGGACACGUCCUCUUAGAAAUUAAAUCCUGAUAAGCAUUGUCAACAAAACUUUCAGUAUGAUGCACAAAGGCUUUAAUGGAAAACACACUUGAAAGAGAAAACAAAACAAAUUAAAUACUUUGAAGACUCCUCAUUACAGCAGGAUCAGGUGUUGUGUGCUUCUGUUUGGUGUAACAUUUUGUGUGCAAAUAUUGAAAUUCUGGAAAGUAUGGAAUUUCUCUCCAGUCAUUAUCAAACCACAGGAGGAUGAAAAGUUAUCUUUAUUUACAAAUUCAUUUUGCUUAUAAUAUUGAAAAUGCUUUUUCCCCUUCCCUCCCUGAAGAGGAUUGACAUUAAUGAGUUGUGGGUGUGAUGUGUUUGCCAUGAAAGCUCCCAAGGCAGCUGGCAAGGGAUUUGCUGUGUCAAAACAGCUGUACUUAAGCCACUGUGGGAGUUGUCACUUGAAAUCACACAGCUGACCUUUUAAAUUAGGGGAAGAAAAUGGUAGUACUGCUUUGUUCUUAUCUCUAUGCGCAUUCAUCGUAGCAGCAUGAAAACCUUCCACUUCACGCUUUGGAAUAAUACAGCAACUCUGCAAUUCCAGAGGCACACACCUCACAACUACCAGCUGCACAGUUGGCUGCUGCAGUGGAAGCAGGCAUCCUGCCUGGGGCUUGCCUGUGCUUGCUUUGCUCUUUCUAGCAAUGUGAAUCAGCGGCAGCUGUGUCCAGUCCUUUUUUCUGCCUGAAGGCUUGCAAACUUACGGACAGCUUCAUGGUUGGGUUGUGUGUGCCAAAUGUAGGAAGCACAUGAAACAGAAGUUUAUUUGAUUCUUCAUCUCAAGGGGCUGGGAUGAUUAAAAUAAGCUGCUUUGUUGUUUUCUUCA